GUGGAGACUCGCGGUCUCCCAGAGGCAGCUGCCAUCUUGUCUAAGCUGACCGCGCCGUUCCUGGCUGCGCUUCCAGGCCCUUCCAGAGUUCUUUUCAAAGCGGCAGGCGACCUAGCAUAACCAUGGCUCGUGGCCCUAAGAAGCAUCUGAAGCGGGUAGCAGCUCCAAAGCAUUGGAUGCUGGAUAAACUGACCGGUGUGUUUGCUCCUCGUCCAUCCACUGGUCCCCACAAGCUGAGGGAAUGUCUUCCUCUCAUCAUUUUCCUAAGGAACAGACUUAAGUAUGCUUUAACAGGAGAUGAGGUAAAGAAGAUCUGCAUGCAGUGGUUCAUUAAGAUCGAUGGCAAAGUCCGUACUGACAUAACCUACCCUGCUGGUUUCAUGGAUGUCAUCAGCAUUGACAAGACUGGAGAGAAUUUCCGUCUGAUCUAUGACACCAAGGGUCGCUUUGCUGUCCAUCGUAUUACACCUGAGGAGGCCAAGUACAAGUUGUGCAAAGUGAGGAAAAUCUUUGUGGGCACAAAAGGAAUCCCUCAUCUGGUGACCCAUGAUGCUCGUACCAUCCGCUACCCGGAUCCUCUCAUCAAGGUGAACGACACCAUUCAGAUUGAUUUGAAGACGGGCAAGAUUACUGAUUUUAUCAAGUUCGAUACUGGUAACCUGUGUAUGGUGACUGGAGGUGCUAACUUGGGAAGAAUUGGUGUGAUCACCAACAGAGAGAGGCAUCCUGGCUCCUUUGAAGAGAGAGACAAGAGACUGGCAGCCAAACAGAGCAGUGGGUGA